CUCAGGCUGGCAGCACCCCAAGAACUCAUGGAAGUGGAGUUGGUCUUGAGGCAUUGGAGGUGGUGCUGCAAACUCAAGUAGAGAGCACUGAUGCUGUAGCAGUACCAAUGCCAGUUGAAGAUGUUGAAGGUCAAGCCAGUGGUGGUGUGAACUCAAGUAGAGAGCAAACUCAAGAUAAAGAUGCAAGUGAUCAAGGUAUAAUAACUGAGUUCAAUCCAGAACAUGUCAUCUCUGAUCCGGGUCUUCGCAUUCCAAUAGAUCAAUUUGGUCCUAAUAUUAGAGAUGAAGUUAGGAGGGCUUUCAAACAAAAAGGUCCAACUCAACCUUCAUGUCAUAAUUUCCCUAAAAGACGGGAUAAAAGGAGCUUCCAAAAAGAUUGGUUUAAGCAAUAUAAUUGGUUGGAAUAUAGUUUGGAGAAGGGUAGGGCUUAUUGCUUCUAUUGUUAUCUUUUUAGAAAUGGUAAAGAUGAUGACAAGUUUGGUUAUGAGGCCUUUACAAGAAUUGGCUUUAAGCAAUGGAAGAAUUCCUACUUGAUAUUGCGGAAACAUGAGGGUGGGCCUGAUAGUGCUCAUAAUAGAGCAAGAAUUGCAUAUGUUGAUUUUGAUAAGGAAGAGGCAAAUAUUAAAAAAAAAAGUUGUGCAACAUGAAGAAGAUGAGAAAGUGAAGUAUGAAACUCGUUUAGAUACGGCCGUGAGUAUUGUGAGUUAUAUUGCAUUGCAAGGUGAACCAUUUCGUGGACAUGAUGAAUCAGAAACUUCUUUGAACAAAGGCAAUUUUCUGGAAUUUCAUGAUUGGUACAAACUAAGAAAUGAGGAAGUGAGGCAAGCUUAUAUAGGUUGUCCUAAAAAUGCAAAAAUGACUUCUAGCACAAUUCAAAAAGAAAUUGCAGAGUGUUGUGCUGAAGCGGUUACCAAAGUAAUAAAGGAAGAGAUGGAUGGUUGUCUAUUCUCUAUUCUUGUUGAUGAAUCUCGUGAUAUAUCAGUCAAAGAGCAAAUGGCCAUCGUUGUAAGGUAUGUGAACAAAAAAGGCAAAGUGAUUGAAAGAUUUUUGGGAAUCAAGCAUGUCAAGGAAACUACAUCAGAAGCAUUAAAGAUUGCUGUGGUACAAGUUCUUAGUGCCCAUGGUUUAACUAUUGCACAAUUAAGAGGGCAAGGGUAUGAUGGGGCUUCUAACAUGAGAGGUGAAUUCAAUGGUGUUCAGAAACUAAUCCGUGAUGAGAACCCGUAUGCUUUCUAUAUCCAUUGUUUUGCUCACCAAUUGCAGCUCGUUGUGGUUUCGGUCUCCAGAUGUUGUUCAUCCAUGGAAGAUUUUUUUUGACUAUGUCAACAUGAUUGUGAACAGCACUAGUGCAUCUUGUAAGAGGAAGGAUUUGUUGCUUGAUAAUCAUCGUACACAACUUUUGGGUAGGUUGGAGAGUGGAGAAAUUUCCUCUGGUAGAGGACAGCAUCAAGAAACAUCAUUGGCUAGGCCUGGAGAUACAAGAUGGGGAUCUCACUAUAAGACUUUGCUUCGUAUUGAAACAAUGUGGGAUUCAAUAAUAGAAGUUCUGUCAGUCAUACAUGAUGAUCAACGUAAUCCAUCAAGGGCGGGCGGUUUGGUGCAUAC